AUGGAAGUUAACCAUGCUCUCCUAUGGUUGAAUUACUCCGUGUUUCUGAAACAGUUCACUGAUGGAAACGGAGAGGUGGAGCUGAGACUGGACAUCCAAAAGCUUGGCAUAGAGAGUUCAAGAGAUGUUUUUGUUGACGUUGAUGAUACAUCCCUAUUGAUCAGAGCCAAGUCUGACGGGACACUGAGGACUUUGAUGAACGUCCAAACACUGUUUGAUAGGAUUAAGUCUUCUGAGACCAUAUGGUUCAUCGAUGAGGACCAAUUGGUGGUGAAUCUGAAGAAAGUAGAGCAAGAGUUGAAAUGGCCUGACAUAGAUGAAUCAUGGGAAUCCCUCACUUCUGGGAUCACACAGUUGUUGACAGGGAUCAGUGUCCACAUUGUUGGUGAUUCCACAGACAUUAAUGAGGCAGUUGCUAAAGAGAGAGCCGAGGGCAUUGGGUACCUUCCGGUUUGCACAAGUGAGCUGUUAGAGAGCGCCACUCAAAAGUCGAUUGAUACAUGGGUGGCUUCUGAAGGAGCGGACUCGGUAGCUGAAGCAGAAUCUGUUGUCUUGGAAAGCCUUAGCAGCCAUGUCCGCACUGUAGUUGCAACUCUGGGGGGCAAGCAAGGAGCAGCCAGCAGAUUCGACAGAUGGCAGUACCUUCAUUCUGGGUUCACGGUUUGGCUAUCGGUGUCGGACACAAGUGACGAAGCUGCUGCGAGAGAAGAGGCCCGAAGAAGCGUGAGCAGUGGAAGCGUUUCUUACGCGAAGGAGGACGUGGUGGUGAAGCUUGGCGGGUGGGACCCGGAGUACACGCGAGCUGUUGCGCAGGGCUGCCUCGUCGCCCUCAAGCAGCUAACCUUAGCAGACAAGAAGCUGGCAGGUAUGCAUUCACCAGAUAUGAUCGCUGGCUGCGAAAGAUCAGCAGUUACCUUCCAUGAGCAGCAUCUCGCCAAUAACAUCAAGAUGCAGACCCACAUCGUGCAGUACUGA